GCGGUCGGGGACUCGGGGCGCGCCCUCCGAAUAAGAACUCCACAACCACCCCGAUCUCGCCGUGCGUUCAACAGAAUCAACUACUACCAAUCUCCCCACAAGAGUCCAGAGCCGCGGGCAGAAUCCCUCGCAUGCGCCGCGCCGCCUCCACUGCCGCCGCGACCACGACCAGGAUGGCAGCGGCCGAGGAGGUCAGGCAGGCGUCCGCCGCCGCCACGGCGGCCGAGGCGGCGUCCGCGUCCGUGCCGGCGCCCGCGGGGUCCCGGUGGGCGCGGGUCUGGCCGUCCGCGCUGCGCUGGAUCCCCACCUCCACCGACCGCAUCAUCGCCGCCGAGAAGCGACUCCUCUCCGUGCUCAAAACUGGGUAUGUCCAAGAAUCAGUUAACAUUGGCUCGGCUCCACCUGGCUCGAAAGUGAGAUGGUUCGGGUCAUCAAGCGACGAGCCUAGGUUCAUAAAUACGGUGACAUUCGAUAGCAAGGACAAUGCUCCCACCCUUGUCAUGGUCCAUGGUUAUGGCGCUUCGCAGGGGUUCUUCUUUCGGAACUUUGAUGCCCUUGCAAGCCGUUUCCGGGUGAUUGCCAUUGAUCAGCUGGGUUGGGGUGGAUCAAGCAGACCUGACUUCACCUGUAAAAGUACUGAAGAAACUGAGGCUUGGUUCAUAGAUUCUUUUGAGGAAUGGCGCAAAGCGAAGAACCUUAGUAAUUUUAUAUUGCUUGGUCAUUCUUUCGGGGGAUACGUUGCGGCAAAGUAUGCCUUGAAGCAUCCUGAACAUGUGCAACACUUGAUUUUGGUUGGUUCUGCUGGCUUUUCAUCAGAAACAGAUCAAAGCUCUGAGUGGGUAACCAAGUUUCGAGCAACAUGGAAAGGCAUGCUAGCGAACCAUCUCUGGGAGUCCAAUUUUACUCCCCAGAGAAUAGUGAGAGGAUUGGGUCCUUGGGGCCCAGAUUUAGUACGGAGAUAUACCACAGCUAGAUUUGGCUCACAUUCAAUGGGUGAAUUACUAACAGAUCAUGAGUCCAGCUUGCUGACAGAUUAUAUUUACCACACUUUAGCUGCAAAAGCUAGUGGAGAGCUGUGCUUAAAGUAUAUUUUUUCCUUUGGGGCUUUUGCAAAGAAACCUCUUCUGCAGAGUGCAUCCGAUUGGAAAGUGCCGACUACUUUCAUAUAUGGCCAUGAUGAUUGGAUGAAUUACAAAGGCGCACAGCAAGCACGCGAGAACAUGAAAGUUCCUUGUGAAAUCAUCAGAGUCCCACAGGGAGGACACUUCGUGUUCAUAGAUAACCCUGUGGGGUUCCACUCAGCGAUCUUCUACGCGUGCCGGAAAUUUUUAUCUGAAGGUGCAGAGGAAGGCCUCUCUCUUCCCGAUGGCCUGAUAUCUGCAUGAUGCGUUGUCUCGUGUGAUCUCAUACCGAAUAGCGGUAUGAGCAUAAAGCAAAGCUAUACGACGAUAGGAAAUGUUAAUGACAGAUGUACUGGUUUGCUUUUGUAUGUAUGAGUUGUGUGAAUAUGUGUCAUCCAUAUGUGCUUGGUUACCAAAAUACUGAAACAUAAUAGUGGUUAUAAUAUUUGAGAUUUCUCUA